GGCAAGAUGGCGGCCGCGCGGCGAGGGAGCGCGUCGUCCACGGCCCUCUCGUCAGUCCCUCUGCAGAUGCUGCUCUGUCUCAGUGGGACCUAUUUCGCCCUUUAUUUCCUGGCCACGCUCCUGAUGAUCGUGUACAAAAGUCAGGUUUUCAGUUACCCUCAGAAUUACCUGGUCCUCGACCUGACUCUGCUGUUUCUGAUGGGGACCCUGGAAGCAGCCCAGCUGUACUUUGGCACCAAGGGCAACCUGACGGAAGCAAAGGCGCUGCUGGCCACCAGCCUGAUCCUCACCGUGGCCGGCUCCCUGCUGUCUGUCUACUUCCUGCUCUGGCAGACCCUGGUGCUGUGGGCAGACUCGAUCCUCAGUGCCAUGCUGCUGACUUUCCACGGCCUGGAAGCCGUCCUGCAGGUGGUGGCCAUCGCUGCCUUCAUCAGCUAGGCAGGCCGUGCUCGGCCCCGGACAGCGCUGGACAGGAGCCCUCCUGGGAGCCCAGCAGUCCCUGCCCUGGUGCUCAGAGGAAAGGGCAUUUUCCUACCAGUCAGUCCCGUGUGGCAGGGUCAGGUGGUUUGGGUGGUGUAUGAGUAUUCUUGGGGGCAGGACCAGGACAUGACAAAGUGUGGGGCCAGGUGUUGGGGACAGCUGUCAAGUAAGUCAGGGCUUGCCCUGGGACAAACCUCAGGAUGGCCCCAAGCCAGCAGGGGCCAGUGGGCUUCACCCUGUCACCUCCCAGGAGAAGCAGCUUCCUGGUAGUGGCCCUGGCUGUCUCCCUCAAGGGUGUGCCCAGAGGCCAGCCAGCCAGGCCAGCAUGACACACAUUUUCUCUCUGUGAUACAGCAUUUCUCACGCAAGUCUUUGCAUUCCAUCGCGUCCACACGUCCUCACGAUGGGAAACAGCCGUGUGGGUAGGACAGGGAGCCUCAGCUGCUCAGGCCACGUCCUGGAUGGACAGCUUCCAAAAGAAAAGAUGCAGAGAGCCAGUCGGCUCUAGUGUGGGGUGUGUCCACAGCAGCCACAGCUCCUGGGGUUUCUGACCCAACUGGCACCCGUGGGGGCAGUGGCACCCUCUCCCUGCCCUGGGCUUGGUGACAGCCACCUCGGCUCCCGUGUCCGGCCUCGGCGGUCGGGACGCCAGGCACGUUCGUGCUCCAUGCCAGACGCGCCCAGGACACCACGGGCGUGGGGGUCGGGACAUGGCGGGGGCGUGGAUCUCCCAGCGACUCCUGUUCACCCCUGCUGCUCGUCUUCGGUUCGAGAUGACACGUUCAGAUGGGUGUGCACUUGCUCCCCACUGAGUGUUCACAAUAAAGAAGUUAUACCUCCCUGAACGUUUCCUAAUUAAGGCACCUGC